GUUCAUCCCCACAACACAACAAUCCUUGCGGAGACAUAACUCACAAUAUCACACAAAACAAACGAAACAAGCAACUCAGAACCAUGAUUUCCAGGACUUCUUUUGCCGCGGUAUUGCUUGCGGCCACAACGACUAGUGCCUUUGUCGCUCCCACACACAACAACAACAACAACAACAACCACCACCGAAUUGCGAGUGCUUCGACGAAAACAUCGCUCUCCGCCACCGACCGAUUGGAACAGGGAGACCCCGUUCUGUUGGUCGGGCCCGGAUUCCAGCAGCUAGUCCUGGCCAAGCACAUGGCGCGGGCCGGACUCAAGCCCAUCGUUGUGGCCUCGCAGACCAAGCUCGAUUCCUUCUUCAAGAGCUUCCUCAAGACGGGGGACGCCGAGGACCACGUCGGGGACGAGGAUCCCGAGGGUCUGCACAAGCAGAUCCGGGACGAUUCGACCAUCGGCAUGCCGGAGGCCGGCGACCCCUACUUUGGGGAACUCAAGGGGGUCGUCUUCUGCGCCGAGGAGGCCGUUCUGCCCAAGGAAUUCGUCGAGCGGGUCAUCGAUUUCGAGGACUCGGGCAUGUCCCCCUUUGCCGACGGGAAGCCAGCCCGGACUAUCUGCCUGCUGCCGGUCAGCAACAAGCAAACCAAGGAGAAGGCGAACAACUGGAUCCCCAUCUUUAACAUGGACAGCAAGAAAGACGACAUGUGGUCGAAUUUCGAGAAGGCCUUUGUGGCCCAUCCCUCUUACAAGGAGGCCGACGGAAACGCCUCGAUCGUUCGCUUCGGAUCCCUCCUUGGAGGAUCGACCGACGGGCCACCGGUCCUGAGGGAUUACGGCCUGGACGAGGGCAUGUAUAAGGUGCGUACAUGCCGAUGCUCAUUCGGUGAUGUUCUGUAGUAGUAGUACUGCCAUGCGUUUUAUGUAGCAUUUCUGCAAUGCAGUGCAAUGCUUUGUCAAAGAUAUUGCAGAUAAGGGAGGAAGGCAAGGCAUCCUAAUUAUGKYGGCCACCACACGACGAAUCAGCCAGAACAGUCGCACAAGACGCUUUGCCGCCGUCGUCUUCAUGAUUGUCGAUUUCUCAAAUUCGAUCUGAUCCACUCAUUCUCACGCAYCUGCUGCCAUGCCUCACUGCUCUGUUUCUUUCUCACUAAUAUGAAACAACUUUUGAACUGUUUUGAUGAUCUUCACGCGACAAAAAAUAAUAUUUUGACGAAUGUUUUGGUUCGAAAAUGCUGUCAACUCAUACGUCAUAAAACCAAAAAAAUACCCAAAAAAACAACAGAUGACACUCGAACAAUACCGCGAUAUGCGGGAGCGCGCCUUUGAUCGCUACAAGCUGUCGGCGCAAGUCCUGAAGGGAAACACCAUCAACGCACGACCCGCCGACCAGGACACAAAGGAAAAGGACGCCCUUGCGAAAUAUCCGGGCAACGUUCGAGAAAUGUUCCCCAUCCUGGGAGACUAUCCCGAAAUCGACCGCACCAACAGACACACGCUGGCCAGCGGAUUGGUACAGGCCCUGAUGCAGCCCGUCAGUGCAAUCGGCAAAGAAAUCACCAUUCUUAGUAAGGCCUCCUCGGAGAUCCCGACGGAAGAGGAAUGGUUGGAGAUGUUCGCAAACCCGGCCGCAGCGUCUUGGCCAGAUCCGUUCGCAUUCGAGCCAGAAAAAUACGGUAUGUUCGCAAACGACGAUCUUAAUUAAACGAGUAUGACGAAGGGACAAACGACAACUGGAGAAACAAACAAACGACAAAUCC